GAAUCUGACAGUUAUAUAUUAUGUCCCAUUACUGAUCAGUUUGUGAGAGCAUGUGGAAAUGAACUUAUCUAUACCAAGGAGGACUCAGAUGCUGCAUUUUCGGAUGUUGAGGACUUGGCUGAUGCUGGAAAGCCCUUUCAUCGUUUAGUGAACAAUAAAGUCAAAGUCAAAAGAAUUCGGAAAAUCAAUGGGAGGAGACCAUAUAACAAAAAGCUAUGCUGUUAUUUUUGUGGUAAAGUGUUCAACCACAGGAUUCAGAAGCAUCUAGAAAAUGGGCACAAACAUGAACUUAUGGUUGCUCAGGCCUGUGCCAAAAAUUCAAAGUGUGAAAGAGACAGGUUGUUUGAUAAACUUAAAAAUCUAGGAAAUUUUAAAUACAACAUAGAAGUGCUCAAGGAAGGAAGUGGAGAUUUAAUAGUGUGCAGAAGACCAAGCAAAGAAACCCUGACAUCAUUGGAUUACUUACCAUGCAUUCAUUGUUAUGGAUUUUUCUCUAAAAAGGAACUGUGGAGGCAUACAGGAAAAUGCUCUUUUAAGAACACCAAAUUAAAAGACCAACGAGGCAUCAUCGCAAGAUCCAGGCUUUUACUUGCAGGGGGUAUAGACUUCUGUGCAGAAAAGGAAGAUUUCAGAGUCUGUGUAUCAGAAGAACUGAAAGAAACUGUUUUGUUAAAAAUGCGCCAAGACGAGGUGUACAGUUCUCUUGUUGAUGACCCAUUAAUCAUACAGUUUGGACAAGUGCUAAUAAAGCAGUUGGGACCCAGAAGAACAAACUAUGUUUCACAAAGAAUGAGACAACUGGCCCGAUUAAAAACCAAAAUAAAUGAGUUGUUGAAUAAAGAGAAUGAUCUACAUUGUUAUAUCACUCCAAAGCACUUUGAUACAGUUGUUAAAGCAGUCCAAGACUUGGCUGGUUACCAUCAGAAUGAGCAGAAAAUAUCUGUAUUUUCUACUCCGUCUCUGGCGUUAAAUCUUGGACAUAAUUUAGUGAAGGUUGCAGAAAUCAGAAGAGGCAAUGCCAUAAGAAAAAUGGAUGAAACAAUGAAGAAAGAAUGUGAUGGAUAUUUGGAAAUUCAUAGCUCAGACUGGGCACCUGCAGUAUCAUCUGUAGCUUUAGCUACUCUGCAGACAAAUAAAUUUAAUAAGCCUUUGGCACUCCCUGUAACCAGUGACCUUGUAUUAUUAAAAAACCACCUGGAUGAACAAAUAAGUGAAUUGACAAAAGAUUUGGAAAAGGAAGGAGAAAAUGCUACCCUCUGGAAAAAGUUAGCUGGAGCAGCUAUGACUAGAAUUAUCCUUUUUAACAAACGGCGAAGUAGUGAAGUUUCUAAACUUCUGUGUGCUAGUUAUGAAAACCGUCAAAACUGGGAAGAAACCAUGAAUGAAGAAAUAGCAAGUGGUCUGAAGCCAAUGGAGAAGAUCUUACUGAAGAG